AUGGGCCGCGCGGAGGCUGGCACUACAAAAGCCAUCGGCAACAAGAUCAAAAGCAAAGGAUUGGGUCGCCUUCGAUGGUAUUGCCAAGCAUGCGAAAAACAAUGUCGAGAUGAAAACGGGUUUAAGUGUCACACUAUGACUGAAGGGCAUGUGCGACAGAUGAUGAUCAUUGGGGAAGACCCGCGCAAGCACAUCAGAGAGUUUAGUCGCGAAUUCGAGCGCACUUUCCUCGAGACCCUCAGAACCACGCAUGGAACCAAACCUAUCAACGUCAAUCAUUUCUAUAAUCAAAUUGUGGCCGAUAAGCAGCACAUUCACAUGAACAGCACAGAAUGGAAAAGUUUAUCACAGUUUGCAGCCUAUUUAGGCCGGGAGGGAAAGUGUCGAGUUGAGGACACCGAAAAGGGCUUGGUCAUAGCGUGGAUUGAUAACAGUCCAGACACACUUCGCCGCCGGGAGGCCAUCUUAAAGAAAGAACGCCAGGAGAAGGGAGACGAAGAGCGAGAGCAACGCUUGAUUCAGGACCAGAUUAAGCGCGCCCAGCAAGCGGCGCUGGCUAGCAGCACUACGACAGAACCGGAACCCGAGGCAAGAUUGUUGCAGAGGAAGGAAGGAGAAAAGAUGACGUUGAAUCUUGGACUUGGCUCGAAGAAGACAGAUGCAAAGCCCGCCUCGCCUCCUACGGUAACAACGACGGCGGAGUUGCCGGAAGAAAAAGAUGCACCGAUAGGAAACACCGACUCUCCCGCUCCGUCUGCGCCUGCCGCACCCGUCAAAAUAUCGAUGUCAAUGGGUGCACAGAAGCCGAAAAAUGUGUUUGCUGCAGCAGCUAAGAAGAACCCUUUGGCUGGGAAAAAGGGUUCUAUAUUCACAGCGCCUAAGAAGAUGACUGAACAGGAAAGGAUUAUGAGAGCUGAAAUGGAAGCAAUGGAGCGAAAGCGAUCCCGUCCGGACUCCGGGUUCACGAACAAACGACCAAAGAUCACUUGA